AUGAUUAAGACAAUCAAUAAAAAAUACCAAUAACAGUUAAUGCAAAUCAAAGAGCAAUGUCAAGAAGCCUCAAAAAAAUUAAAAAAAGCUUUUUAAGAAGGAGCUGCAAUAAAAAUUGAUAACAAGGAAAUUAUGAUAAUAUAUAAGUACAUUUCAUGUUUACAGUUUAGCAAUAUAUAUCAAUUAUCUAAUUAAGUCCAUUAAGAGGUCGAAACUGCGUAAAUUAAUCGCCAUCUUUAUUAACCUAAUUAUAAGAUAGUGGAUCAAUAAUUAAUAGAAAUUUAUAUAAAUCUUUUGAAAGAAUUCAUUAAUGAUAUUUGCUACUAAGUUGAUAAAUUUAAAUAGGAAAAAGAAAGUGUAUAAAUACCAAUAUUAUAUUCAAGGUACUCUUUAUUGUUACAAAAACAUAUCACGAUUAUAAAGCUUAUUCAUAUUGGCUUUACAAAAUUUUCUAUUAUUUGGAUAAUAACUUUACAUCAUAUUCUUGGACAUCUCUUGGUGCCAUCUCUAUAAGUUUAUUUAAAUAGGAAUAUUUUGAUAAAUUUAAUAAGCUAAUCCUGAAUACAAUUUUCUAGUUUAUAUACGAAACAAGAAAGUAUGGAAUAUUAUUGAAUAAAUAAAUCAAACAACUCAUUGAGUUAUAUUCUAUCAUGGGUUCUAAAGAAGUUGAAUUGAAGUAUAUAAGAGAAUCUGGACAAUAUUAUUAUAUUUCCAAAAAAUAAGAGGAUGCUUAAAGAUUCUACAAAGAAUAAUUUUAAUCUCAUCUUUUAACAGAAGUAAAGUUUAUUUCUAUUCUUAGACUUCAAAAUAUUAUAAGAAUGAAAUAGAUGAUAAAUUAAAUUUAACUACUACAGAGUUUAUAAAUUGGGCAAAUUCCAUUUUCAAAUUGGAAUAGGAUAUGUGUUUGGAAUGCUAUCAAAUUAGUUAAUAAGCAUUAAAAAAUAAAUUUAAACUGAUACUAGUCAGUGAUCAAGCAGCUAGAUUAAUCGAUUCACCUACAGGACUAGGUUAUAUGUUAAAAUAUGACUAGACUGAUGAAUUAAAAUUAUUAUUCAAAUUCCUAAUUCAAAAUUAGGAAUGCAUAAUUUAUAUAUCCAAAUAUUUUGAAUAAAAAGGAUAGCUUUUAAAUAAUUCAUUUGAAAAUUAAGAAUAAAUAGAAUAAUAAAAAAGUAAUUAUUUAAAUUUAUUUAAUUUUUAGAUGAAGCUGAACUCUAUUUCACGAAUAUAUUAUUAUUUAUGGAAAAAGCUUAAGAUAUUUUUUUAAAUUAAUUGGAAAAAGAACCUGAUGUUUAAAGAUGA